AUGAUGAAUCCCUCGGACUCAAUUGUCAAUGUUUUGGCUGCCCGUCACCCACUGGGUAGACUGGGGAUCCAAGAGCAGUUCGGCGGAGAGCAGCCUAUGAGCUCCAGCCGCCGUGAACCUUUUUCGGCCUGGAGUGCCAUUGAUGAAGUGAAAAAGACUGCGGGUAAUGAGUUUGAAGCUGCUAGCCAGAAAGCUCAGCAGAAGGCUGGCCAUAUCGAACCUUGGAGUGCCAAGUACUAUGCUGCCUGUAUCGCUGGAGGCACGCUCGCUUGUGGUCUGACUCACACUGCCGUCACCCCAUUGGAUCUAAUCAAAUGUCGCCGCCAAGUCGAUUCGAAGCUCUACACCAGUAACUUGCAGGCAUACAGUAAGAUUCGUGUUGGCGAAGGCCUCCGUGGUGUCUUCACCGGUUGGGGACCUACCUUCUUCGGAUACAGCGCCCAAGGUGCAUUCAAGUAUGGUGGAUAUGAGUUCUUCAAGAAAUUCUACGCCGAUCUGGCUGGGCAAGAACGCGCCACCAAGUACAAGACCUCCCUUUACCUGGUUGCCAGUGCUUCCGCGGAGUUGAUCGCCGAUUUGGCACUUUGCCCAUUCGAGUCGAUCAAGGUUCGAAUGCAAACUACUAUUCCACCUGAUAUCAAGGGAACCUUUAGUGGUAUCUCUGGUGUUGUGGCGAAGGAAGGGUUUGCCGGUCUGUACAAGGGUCUCUACCCACUUUGGGGCCGUCAGAUCCCCUACACAAUGAUGAAGUUCGCCUCAUUCGAGACAAUUGUGGAAAUGAUCUACCAUAAUCUCCCCGGUCAGAAGUCCGACUACGGCAAGGGUGCCCAGACUGCCGUUGCUUUCUCUGGUGGUUAUCUGGCUGGUAUCCUCUGUGCUGCCGUGUCUCAUCCUGCCGACGUUAUGGUGAGUAAAUUGAACGCUAACCGCCUGGCUGGCGAGGCAUUCGGUACCGCAAUGAGCCGUAUCUAUGGUGAUAUUGGCUUCCGUGGGUUGUGGAAUGGUCUGCCUGUCCGUAUCGUUAUGGUUGGAACUUUGACUGGUCUCCAAUGGAUGAUCUACGAUUCGUUCAAGAUCUUCAUGGGUCUGCCUACUACUGGUGGAGGUGGCGAAGAAAAGAAGAAGGCCCAGUAG